UUAUUUAAAAAUAUAUCCCAUAUUUGACCUAUAAAAAUCAUAACUUCUUCAGGUCUUUUUCAUUACUUCUAUGGAGUAAAUUCUCCAUCUUUUUCGCUUUUUUGGAAGUUAUUUUUUUGCUGGGAAUGUUUGCACCAAAUUUAACACUAGGUCCCAAACAAACUCUCCUUAUGAAAGGUUAAAUAUAUAUUUUACUAUAGCUACCAUAUAAUGUGCCUUUUAUAAAAUUAGUUUUUUAUCAAUAGUUGCUUAAGUUUUUAAAUUGAAGUAAAAUUCAACAUAACUUUUACAAUAAAAAAAAACAUUAUUUUUUUAAUUUACAAACCGUUAAACCCUUUAAUAAAAUUUUAACAUUCACAUUUUUGUCAACUCUGUUGUUUAACGAUCGUUCAAUAAACAUACUAAACUUUACAACUGUUCAUACUAAUAUUAUUAAAAUUUCACAACUUUUAACUCAGUUAGUUAGUUGCUCGUUAGUAAACAGUGAAUAUUAUUAAUAAAAACCUUUGUUGCUCAAGAUAAAAUUUACGAGAUAAAUAAAAUAAACCAAAAAAGUUUUACAAAAUUUCCAUAUAAUAAAAAUAUUAAAUAAAAAUAAAUAUUUCUUUAAAUUAAAUUGUAUUAUAUAAACUAUUUAAAAAAAAGAAUUAAAAGAAUAAAGCGAGAUAACAUUUACUUCUGUGUGUAAUUACAGAAAAACUAAUAAAACAUAUUUAAUCACUUCCUAAACAUAACAAUGAAUGCCAAAUAAAAAAAAUUUCAUUAACAACCAAUGUAUACAAAUCUACUGAAAAGGCAAGAUUUAAUACGUCGUCAUUAAUUACAACAAUGGAACCUAGUCAACGUAAACGUAUUACACGAAAUAUUGAUUCAUUAAUAAAUCUAACUGAUUUCGAUCAAUUAUGUCAAGCCUGUUACAGUAAUCAAUUGUUAAGUUAUACUAUGAUACAAAAUAUUUAUCAUUUUGAACCAGAAAAUCAUACGGAAUACACUGAUGAAGAAGACACCAUCAGAAGGAUGCGUCAUAAAAGAUUAUUUCUAAAAAUAACGAAAAGAGGUCCAGAGGCUUUCGAAAAAUUACGUCAAAUUUUUAUAGCUUUAAAAUAUACAGAUGCUUUGAAUGUAUUGUUUGGUGCCGGUGAAGAUAUGAUUUCGAUAAGAUCGAGUAAAAUAACUGGUACAGCAACGUUGGGAAAUGAUGUUGAUAAUGAUGCCCAAGUAGAUCAGGAGAAUAUUGAAGACCCAAAUAUUAUGAAUAAUGUUGGUUUAAAUAGACAGACUUCCCUCUCUUCAACUAACAACGAUAACAAUACUGUUCUACACGAAUACAAUGGGUUAAUUCUUCCUAGGAAAUCCAUUUCUGUUCAACCAGCAAGCAGUAUUACUAUAGAUCCCAAAAUUGGAACAUAUCCUAUGGAAAGUAAAAAUAAACGAGGCAUUUUCUUUAUGGUGAAAAGUGAUGAACAUCAAUCAGAACUGGAUGAAGAUGAUCACUCACUCUUGUCACUGUUUCAACAGAUGGCCUUUAAACUUUAUGCCUAUAGCAAUAUAACACUUAAUCAAUUCCACGAACUACUUGAGCAGCUACUAUGUUCUGAUGUCAUCAAUGGUAUAGAAUGUUUUGUCUUGGCCUUACGAUCAGGCGGUCGUAUAGUCGAUGGUGAACAAAGGAUAACAUUUAACGAUGGUUCUGUGGUUAAAGUAGAAGAAAUUCAACAACAUUUCUAUAGUCAACAAUGCAAACAUCUAGUGGGUAAACCGAAAAUUUUCAUAUAUCCCUAUAGUGAAAUAUCGAAUAGAACUCUAAGUCAUACGAACAGAAUACAAACAGACAGUAUUGGUCAACAGAUUCAUUUAAAACAUGUAUCUCAAUUGUCGGAUGUUAUUAAUUGUUAUGCCACAACUAAGGGUUUUAUGGAUCAACGGGAUGAUGAGAACUAUAAGCGUUAUAUACAGAAUUUUGUUGAUGUCAUCGCCGAACAUGCAUGUAAUACUCAUUUCGAGAAUAUGCUUAAGAAAAUUCAAAAAAAUGUUGCCAUAUUGAGUGUUAGUCGAGGUCAGUACUUACAAAUGUCCAGUUAUGAUAAUAUUAGCUUUAAUAAAGUUCUAUAUUUUAAUCCUGGAGUCAAUGUAAAUUAAAUUAUUUAUAAGAAUUUGUUAUAUGUUUUUUAUACAUUUCAAAAGCUUUAAAAUAAAAAAAAAAAAAUAGUUUUACUUAAUUGAAAAAUGUUGAAUGUCAGUAAUCUACAAUGUAAAUCUAAGUUCCUUGACAUUAUGUAUAACAUAAUUUUUAAUAAGUUUAUUUUUACUAGUAAUAAAUUGAAUUGAAAAUUCCUGAUACAUAUAUAGAAAUAAUAGAUAAAUGAUCAUUAUAUUAAGAGAAUAUUGUUUAAGUCAUCAUUAUAUUAAUAGAAUAUUAAUAAAUUUCUUUAUUACGGACACUUCUUCAAGUACAAAAGAUAUCAAAUAAGAAUAACAAUAACUAAUAAAUUAUAGUCGGGCGAGGCCAAUCAUAUAAUACCUUACACCUUUGACGAAAAUAUAAUGUGAUUUAGUUGCCAUAAUAAAGCAUUUAAUAUGAAUUGUACCUUGUCUCAGAUAUACAUACUU